UUUUAUUAAACCGGUGCACUAGUGGCUCAGAUUCACCAAUGUUAUUUCCCUGCAUUUUAAUACACCGCAGUGUGGCUUCAUCAUGAUGACGCAGACAUCUCUCGAGCCCAACCACGCAGAUGCAGAGAGACGUGAAGCAGCUUCCCUGAUGUAGCCUGCAGAAGCUCCAAGUAUCCUCUGCAGAAGAGGGAUUUGUCAGUAUGUCGGGGGAAGAAGAUAUGAAAAUGUGAUUGCACCCUCUCUAAUGGAACUAUGGGAUUUAUUUUGGUUGAAAAGCCAGGGCAUCAGAGUCAGCGGAUGGUGGUCUUCGGUGCCAUCUUCCUCCUCACAACACUGCUCAUCCUCUACAGCUCCAACAGCGGAAACCAGCUGUACAGUGCUGUCGGAGGAGGGAACUAUCAUUACGUGUCCAAAAACACAAAUCUGAAAAGAUGGGCCACAAGAGAUGCAUAUGUCCCGGUCUUUGGAAACAAGACGCUCUUGCUGCGCUGUGGCCAGUGUGCCCUGGUGACGAGUUCCAGCCACGUGCUGGGCAGCGGUGUGGGUCCUGAGAUUGACAGUUCUGAGUGUGUGAUCCGCAUGAAUGAUGCUCCCACCUCUGGCUUUGAGAAGGAUGUGGGGAACCGAACUACCCUGCGCGUGGUGGCACACUCCAGCGUGUUCCGUGUGGUGCGCAGACCCACUGAGUUCCUCAACUUGUCCGCUGACAUGUCCAUCAUCUUCUGGGGCCCACCGACCAAGAUUGGGAAAGAGACGAAGGGCACUCUGUUCCGGCUCAUCCAGAGGGUUAGUGCCACCUACAGGAACGUCUCGUUCUACACCAUCACCCCCAGCAAGAUGAAGAAGUUUGACUCGCUGUUCCAGAGGGAAACUGGCCGAGACAGAGAGAAGUCUCGCUCCUGGCUCAGCACCGGCUGGUUCACCAUGGUGAUCGCCAUUGAGCUGUGUGACAAUAUUAAAGUCUAUGGAAUGGUGCCACCCAGUUACUGUGGACGGAAGCAGCCAAAGCGCAUGCCGUAUCACUACUACAAGCCCCGUGGGGCUGACGAAUGUGCCAUGUACCUGCAGAAUGAGAAGGGUCGUCGUGGAAACCACCACCGCUUCAUCACCGAAAAACAGGUGUUUUCACGCUGGGCCAAGCUCUACAAUAUCACUUUCUCCAAUCCCACCUGGUAAAAACAUAAAACUGGAACCAACUGGAUGGCAGGAUGUGUUUGGAGCAGAAUUUGAAUGAAUGUCUCUGAGGGUUAUAUAGAGUGACACAGAAGAGAUAGAUACUACCAAACAGAGCUUUCACUGCAGUAACAGGCCUCCCUCCUGUGAGUAGAGGUGUAUGAGGUGCUUUCAGAUUCAGGCCGGGAGGAUCUGUGGCAGCUCAUAGAGACUUUUCCUAAAAAUCUGACACUUUCAGGGUGAGUAAGCUUCACACUUUUCAAAUCCACUUUGAAUGACCAUUGAUCCAUCUAAACAACAACUAAAAAUCUAGAAAAAAAAAAACAUCAACAUUGCGGAUGUUGUUUUAUAGAUUGAAAUUAGGUACUGUGAAAGAAUGUGCUGCCCCCCUCUCCGUGAGGACUGUAAACGUGUUUUGUAAAUUAAUGAAAUGCUAAUUGAAUGAUUUAAAUAUGUAUUUUUACAUGUUUGUAAUAUUUCUCUUCACUCUGCCAAAUCAUGACUGCUGUAGAAGCAAAAAAAAAGGAAAUCUUGACCAUUACGUCGCUGUGAAUUUUCUGACCCUUGUAAGUACAUUUGUUUUUUUUAGCUGACCAGCUAUUUCAAGUACACAGUUCUGUGUCAAACCCAGGUUUGUCCCGAAGCCACUUACUUGAAAUAGGCCUCAAGCCCUGUCUGCUGGGCUUGUAUGCAUCGUUGUUCGAUGUUACCUAGACGAUACUGUAAUGGAAUGUUGCUGCAGCACUGAUGCUGGCAUCCUGACUGACUGUAGCCUCAGAGUAACGCACAUUUAAACCUUUGUGAUUCAGUAUUAAGGUCACCUGGUUGGUACUUCGUGUGUUUCUACUAUGCUUGUUCCUUGAUAUCAGACUUUAGAGACACCUCUGGCAUGCAUCAGCAGAGCAUUUGUUUGCAAUGCCUUCAGAAACACUUUUGUUAAGAACCAUGAUGGUGGCAGAGUUCAUGGUGGGAUAACUACUGUGGGACAUUUUAAUGGGAAAAGAGACAAGGGUGGCAAAUGAUUGUAUGGUUACACAGAGAACUGCUGUGUAAUUCUAUUGGCUGGAAUGUAUACCUUUAGCAUUCCUGUAAACAAAAUUCUCUUUCUGCACAUUAAAUGAUGAUGUCACCCCCUUACAGUAUACUACAACUGGCCCCUAUGCUGGACUUCAACUAAGAUUCACUGCCACCAAAACGGAAAUAAUUGAUGAGAGAAAAAUGGAAAAGUAUGAAAGUAGCCCCCAAAGCUCUAGCUGGUAUGUCUUGUUUGGAACCUCUGCCACACCCUUGGAAAAAGACAUUUUAGCCAUGGCACCAUUAAUUUUCCAUCACCACAUUAAGCUCUCAAGAGUAUGCUAGCAUCCCUGAGUAACAAGAAACAAACAACACAAGCCAGACAACCAAAAAAAAAGAUGACCAGAUGUCAGUGUUCUGUCAUUCUAUCUGUUUCUGAGUCAGUUCAGGCUACAGGUCUGCAACUUAUUUUGCAUGCUAGAAAAGUGGAAAAGUAUUAUGAUUAUAGACCCUUUCAAGAGAGUUCCAUUAUCAGCAUCAUAGUUGGCCCCACAAGACUUCCUUUUUAACGUUCCAUAUGUUAUCUUAAUGCAGAGGAAGUAGAUUGGGGCCCAAAUAGAACGUUCAAGCAUUGUUUUUGUUUACCUUGUUGAAAGGGUCUAUAGACAUGCUCUGGAGGGAACACACUGGCAGAACUGUGAACUGACUUGACUUGUCCAAUGGAAUGGAUUGGAGCCUUCGUGCCGUCUACUUAAGCCUGCUAAGAAGAAUGUAAACUUGGUUUUCAUCACUGACUUUUGCUGUAUUGUUUUCCCAUAGAUGAAACUAUUGGAAUGUUCUGUGGUACAUCUGAUCAAAUUACACUUGUUUAAAAACCAAA